UGGAAAGAAAAAAAAAGUGCAAAAAAAAAGAAAAAAAGUACAAAAAUAAAUAACAAAAAUAUAAAAUAUAUUAAAAAUAAACUGGCCUAAAAACAAGGCAACUGCUCCAUCCACAUCUUGGCGAUGGAUAAAAAGGCCAAGGAGACGCUGCGACGCUACAAGAAGUCGGCGCGCCACUCGAGCAGCUCCGACUCCACUUCCGACUCCGACAGCGGCAGCAGCUCGUACAGCAGCACGGACAGUGAGCAGGGUGUAGGUGUUGGAGGCGGAGGCGUGGGAGUAGGCGGUGGAGGUGUUGGUGGCGGCGGCAACGGAGGUGGCGGCGGUGGAUCCGGCAUCGGUGCCCAUCCCCACGGGCCGCACGGCCACGGGCAUCAUCCGCGGUCCGCCGAAAGGCACCAUAGGAAAAAGAAGAGCUCUCGGCGAGGAGGUAGUUCCUCCGGCGACGAGCAUUCCCGCCGCAAGAGGGACAAACGAGACCACGUCCAGAAGAAACUGGUGGCGAAGAGGAAUCACAUAAAACGCAAGCUAAAGGAGGCCCGUCUGAAGAAGCGUGCCGCCGCCGUCCUCAGUGGUCAUGUCCAUCGUUCCCUAUCACCGGCCACUCGGGCCAAGCUAAAGAAACUGGCGGAGCGGAAGAGACUGCGGGCCGCCAGCAAGGAGCAGAGGGAGCGGGACAAACUGCGGGCCGUCCAGCGGGACAGGGAGCGCGAUCAUCAUCGGCUGGGCAGCAGCCGGAGCCCGCCGAGUAGCAGCACCACCACCACCACCAAGAUUCGCAUCCACCAGGAUAUUGUGGGUAAGCGACAGAAGAGUCCCGGCGGCAGCAGCUCCUCCUCGCGAAUGCAUCACCAACUAAUGUCCCGCGAGAAGAUCAUCAUUCAGACCAGGGCCCGCGGACGCACGCCAUCGCUGGAGAGGGAGAGGGAGCGAGAACGUGAGAGAGAGCGGGAACGGGAACGGGAGCGACAUGACCUGUCCCUGCGAGAGCGGGAUCGCCGGGAUCGGGAGCGUGAACGAGCCGAGCGGGAGGCGGCCCGGGACAAGGAGCGUGCCGAAGCGUUGGCCCGCUGCCAGGAACGGCAGCGGGAGCGUGAGCGCCUGGCUCGCGAGAAGCUGCGUCGCCAGGAACAGGAGGAGGAUCAGGGCGGCAAACGUGGCGCCCCCGGGCGCGACUUGGACUUGCCGCCGUAUGGCAGCCGGGAGCGGUCUCUGGACGCCGUGGAGAGGGAACGGGAGCGAGAACGAGAAAGGGGCGGCCGGCGGGACAAGCGUGAACUGGACCCCUACGAGCGUGAGCAGGACUAUCUGGAGGAGCGUCAUGGUCAUGGCCUAAUGGAUGAAAUGAGGCGUUACCGCCGGCGAGAGCUGGCCGAUCACUACGAGCCGCGGCUGCGGGACCCCCGGGAUCUGUACACGGAAGAUGAACGGGAGAGAGCUUACAAACGAGCGUUGCUGGAUGCCAGGUACUCGUCGCGGGAACGCGAAGCCUGGCUGGAGGCCCGCGAGCACAGAGAGCGGGAGCUGCAGGAACGCGAGUACCGUGAAUUGGAACAGGAGGAUGGCCUCUAUCCGGACGAACGGGAGCGCUUGAUCCGCGAGCGGGAGAGGGAACGGGAGAGAGAACGCGACCGGGAGCGGGAGCGCAACCUGAGACCGCGUGGCGACUAUCGGCCCGAGUGGGACCGUGACUGGGACGAGGAGGGCGCCACCGGCGGUGGCCCGGGAGGAGCUAGCGGCACUCCCGGCCGACCCAGCGGCUUUGUGGGCGGUCCCAAGCGCGGCAAGCCCGGUGGCGGGCCGCCAUCGCAGCAGCAGCCACACCACUCGGCCUCAGAGCCGGACUGGGAUGCCGACGAGCGGGAGAGGGAACGUGAACGCGAACGAGAACGUGAGCGGGAGCGGGAGAGAGAUCGCGAGCGGGACAGAGAUCGGGAGGAUCGACCGGAUGCGGGUGGCAGCGACAGAUCGGCCAUCAACAUCAAGAACGAGCCCGCCUGGCUGGAGCACGAUCAGCGGGAGAAGCCGCGUGCCUGGCAACAGCAGCAGCAGCCAUCUUCCGCCGCUUCUGGCGGAGAUUGGCGCGACAAUGAGGACGGCGGCGGACCAUCCUCGCAUCCCCAUCCCGCCUCGCCGCACCACCACGUCCAUUCGCGUGGUGAGCGGGGAUCGAGUCGUGGCUUCCGACGUGGCGGACACGGUGGUCAUGGCGGCGAUCAUGGGGAACGACCCGGCUACAGGUCCCAUCCACCGCCCCUGAUGACGCUGCCAGUGCAGCCGCCUGGCGGCUACUCCCGCGGCUUCCCGCACAAGCGUUUGCCCUACGGCGGCGGUGGUGGCGGUGGGGGACGCGAUGGCGGCUCCGGAAGAGAUGGUGGUGCCGCGUCCGGCUCUUCGGGCUUCCUCAAGAAACAUCCCCACCCGCCGCUGGCCUCGCCCACCCAGUCGCCGCUGCUGAAUCCCCUGGGAGCCGGCGGGAAGCCGAAUAACGCCGCCCAGGCCAGUGUUGUGGCAGCCGCCACCACGGCAGUGGCUGCCGCCAAAGCAGCUGCCCAAAGUGCCGCCAACGCCACCACUAACCCGGGAAUCCUGGCACAGGUCAGCAAGCUGAACACAUCGAAUAUCAAGCAGGAGGAAGCCUCGGAGGACUCGGCCGGAACACCGGAACUGGGUGCCCAGGACUCACCGGCCCAGAUCCUGGGCUGUGUGGGCGAGCCGGUGAAGUUGGAGGCACGGCCCAGCACCGGCGAGGGUGAACUGAGCGAGAUCAGCGACAGCGACGACGACAUCUUGAAUAAAACGGACAAGGUGCGCCCGAAGAGCGAGCUGCCGUUGGAGGCGUCUCAGGACCUGGACAGCAAUGCGGAGGAGAUCAAGAACGAGGCCCUCAAUGGGUCGGGCGGAGCAUCUAUCAAAGUGGAGGAAGUGGACGAGGUGCUGGAUUUUGAGGAGAUAUCCGAUGGUGAACUGGAGGAGGAAGCCAGGCAUAAAGGCAUUGGCGAUGCCUUGGGUGUGGACUGGCAGGGAUUGAUUGCCGAGACCCGGCAGCAGGCCUCCGACGCCCAGGCCGCCCAACAGGGCGUAGACCAGCGAGGCACCUCGGCUAAGCAGCGCUGGCAACCGCACCGGGUGCUCCUCGACAUGGGCAUCUCGUUUGGCAUGGCUGGCGAGGAUUAUGCCCGUCGCGUGAUGGACGAGGCACGUCAGCAUCUGAUACUGGAGAAGGAGCGCGAGCAGGAGGGCCAGGAAGUGAAGGUGCCGGUGCCGACGACAACGUCGACGACACCCACUCCGCUGCUGGACUACCGGGAUCUGCUGCUGGCCAGUCCGGCUCAAGUCGAGCCACUGGCCUGCGUGCAAAUGGGUCUCCGGGCGGCCGCCGCCGAACGCCAGCGUCUGGUCGGCAAUGUCUGCGGUCCCGGCAGCCGGGCAUUGUGUGCUCGCCAGGAUCUGCGGCUGCGACGGCAGCUGUGCGGUCUGCCCGCCCGCGAAUGCGAAUUCCCGCGCAGUGCUCCCGAGGUGAGCGACGGGCUGCGCAGCCUGGCCAUGGAGAUGUUCCAGCGCAGUCUCCUGGACGUCAAAUGAGAUCCCGAAGGGGCGAGCCGAGUGCCGGGUGAGAGAGUUGCAGAGGACGAUGAGAUCGACGAUGAGGACGACGACGACAACGAUGAUGACAAACCAGAACAUUUGGAUCACGACGACGAGGUAGAGGUGGAGCUGGUCCAGCCCAUUCCCUACAGCUUGGACAUCCGCCUCUACGUGGGAGAUCCCGACGACUAGAAAUCCAAAUGAUUCUGGACAUGGCCUACAUCUUGUAGGACAUGUACGAAACCAUAUGAGAUACAUAUACCCUAUAUAGGAUAGACCCACCUGCUUUUCUAUUUUUUUCCUCAAAAUUCCCAUUCUGUGCCGCAUUUGGUUGUAGGAAAUUGCAAAUUUUUAAGUUAAGAUUGUCAUUUUACAAAUUGUAAAUUAAAUUUUAAAAUAAAUGCUCUUUAAUUAUGGAA